AUGCCUGCUGUCAAUGCCACCAACUCUAACUCACCAGUGUUUCUCCUCACUGGCAUACCUGGGCACGAUGACUUCUAUCUCUGGAUCUCUAUCCUCUUCUGCUUCAUGUAUGUGGUCUCGAUAGUAGGAAAUGCAGUCAUUAUAUUCUUUAUAAAAACAGACCCAAGCCUUCAUGAGCCCAUGUACAUUUUCCUUUCCAUGUUGGCUGUCACAGACCUUGGCCUAUCACUAGCCACCAUACCGACGAUACUGGGUGUAUUUUUGUUUAGAUCUAGGGAUAUAGGCGUUGAUGUGUGUUUGGCCCAGCUAUUCUUCAUUCAUUCACUUCAAUGCACUGAAUCCUCCGUGCUCCUGUUGAUGGCCUUUGACCGCUUCAUCGCCAUCUGUAACCCGCUGAGAUAUGCUGCCAUCUUAACACUGCCAAGAUUACCUAAGAUGGGGCUGGUGUUUUUUCUAAAAGGGGUGGCCAUAGUGUUCCCCCUCCCCAUUCUCCUAAAACGGUUCCAAUACUGUCAAGCCAAUGUCCUCUCCCAUUCCUACUGCCUGCACCAAGACGUCAUGAAGUUGGCUUGUUCGGACAUCACAAUCAACAGCAUCUAUGGAUUCUUUGGUAAAAUCUUCACAAUGGGGUUGGACUUGUUGCUCAUCUUCCUCUCUUAUGUGAUGAUCAUCCACACUGUUAUGGGCAUUGUGUCCCCCUCAGAGAGCCUCCGAGCCCUGAACACCUGCGUCUCCCACCUCUGUGCAGUCCUGAUUUUCUACACACCAGAGAUUGGUUUGUCAGUGAUACACAGAUUCGGGAAAGGUUCUUCUCCCAUGCUUAGUAUUCUCCUCGGCUACAUGUCCCUUCUGGUCCCACCCCUGAUGAACCCAAUUGUGUACAGUGUGAAAAGCAAACACCUUCGAGCCAGAAUUAUCAGGGUUAUCAUCAAGUGA